CUCAAUGACUCGCAGCGCCGUGCCGUGGCGGCGGCCCUCACACGCACCGUCACCUUGUGGCAGGGCCCGCCGGGCACAGGAAAGACGCGCACGCUGCUGGCGCUGAUAGAGGCAAGUGGGGGCGGCACAGCGCACACCAUGGGCCCGGUGCUGGCGGUUGCGGAUACCAAUGCCGCGGUGGACAACCUGGUGGAGGGGUUGGCGACCCGGGGUGUGAAGGCGGUGCGAUUGGGA